AGGUAAAGAAGUUCAAUAUGGCGGCGACUUUCCGUUCUGGUUGCUCCGUCACGUAACCCACGCGUUCUGCUUGAUGUUUGCAUUAAUCUUUAGAAAAAUUGGUAUCCUAAAGACGCGGGAUCAUUUCAUCCGAGUUUACAUUUUCCAUUGAAUUAACUCCGUGAAAUGGCUUCAGUUCAAGCGGAGAUAAAAGAGGAAACGUCAGUUUUAACCCCGCAAGAUAGGAACGUCGUCGUGAAUGGCGAAUACACGACAUCUUGCAGGGAUAAAGACACAGGUAGUGAUUGUACGCAGCUACAGGAGAGCUGCAGUACUAAGAAGGUUACAGAUCUGAACGGGGUAGCGAUAUGUAGUCAAUCAUGUCAGAGCACUACGAAAAGUGGAAAUCAUUUGACCCUUAGUAGCUCCAGUGAAGCAAGUUAUGACCCCUCAAUUAAAAACUUGUCAGCUGUGGACGAAAAGCAGUGUUCGGAACAGGCAGGACCUUCAGAAGCUUUUAAAGCAAGUUGCAAUUUCUCUUAUGUCAGUUAUGAGUCUGAACUCCAAAUGGAGCCCAUAAUGGCCCUUAUAACGAAGGACCUUUCAGAACCUUAUUCAAUCUACACGUACCGCUAUUUCAUACACAACUGGCCUAAGUUGUGCUUUUUGGUAAGUUGUCUGUCUGUUAGGUUACUUAUGAUAAUGAUGCUGAUGAUGAUGAUGGCGAUAAUUAAUAGUUUUAACAAUAAAAAGUAACUUGGUGUGGGUGACAGAAGGAGCGCGCGCAAUCUACCUCCAGGUUCAAAAUGCAAAUUGCUUGGACUUCUACUAAGAAUGAAAGGAAUGCACAGAAUGCAAUUUGAUCACUUGCAUUUAGAACUUCUGUCACUCAUAAUCGAUCACACAUGUUUGACCAUUUGUCACAGGAGACUUAUGCAAAGCGCCGUAUUGGAACAAGAGCGUUUUGACCUUUGAUCCUUUUUGCCCACACUCUGUAACCUUUGAUUGUUACAAGUCUUAUUAAUGAGCAAUUGUUAUUUUGACUAAUCACUCCCUUGAAUAUUAAUCCAUUUUUGAACCUAGGGGGGUCUAGGGGAGGGGGUGGGGUGUGAUAUGAUGACUUGUCCUCAAAGUUGGUCAGUUAAAAGCCAAUGGCUUAAGGUUAGGUUACAGGUUGCACAAGAUCAGGGCUGUCACUAAGAGCCAGGGACUGGGGAUUUCCCCUGGCUACGGGUGUGAAUCCACACCGAUUUCCACCACUUUACGGAAAUUGGUCAGAUUUUUUGUAAUAAACAUAUUUUUAAUGUGGAAAAUGGUUUGGACAAAUCUUUUUUUUCCAAAUUCCAGGCAUUAGGCAGGCUAUGAGAUUUUCAGCUGGAAAAUCACUUGUCGCUGUCUAGUCUAUGUUACACAGUCAAUAAUGCAACAGUCACUCCGUCCCGAUCACAUUCAGAAAUCCAGGAAAUGGGAUAUACAGGAGUUAAAAUCCAACAAAUUUCUUGGGGGACCAUGCUCCCGGACCCCCCCUAGAAGCUUGCGCCUUUGGUGCUCGUUUAAAAGGAAAUCAGUUGGUAUAAUGCUCAGAAUGAUAAAAGAUGGGCAAUGACAGGAAGAUGGCCCAAAAAGAGUGGUUUUGGGACAAGCAGGAUGUUUUGUUGCCUGUACUUUGUCUUAAGCCUGUGCACUGCCCCCAGUUUUCAUAUAUAACACAAUAACACAAGCAUAAAUGUACACAAGAGAAUGAAAAAGUUUCUGUUUGUUGUGGUUUUGCUUAUCUUGCACCCCACCAGUUUGCUAGGAGCUUUCUUAUACCUAUGCGUAUGUCAAUGUGUAAACCAACCAUUUAAGGAAAAGAUAUGAUUUUGUACAAGUGUUACUGGUGAUUUCUCAGGCCCAGGUAACAAAGUUGACUUUUAACCAUGGAUUGCCUUUGGGAAUAAUAGUACUCUCCACCGUGCAGUGUAGCCUGGGAAGUGGACAAAACAUGUCCUCUCUAUCUUGGAACCUGUAAAAUGUAGAAACCAACCUUAAGAAAAUUUUUUCUAAAAUUUCUUGUCGUGUUUUCGUACUUUUAUGGCCACAAGGUAAGUAAUAUGGAGUGAGCUUCAAAAAGCCAGUUGCUGAGCAACACUUUAAUUUUCCCUGAAAGUCUUGCUAGUGUUUGUAGUGAAGAGGGUCUAACCAUUAUUCCUCAACAACAAAGAACAAGCGAAACAAAAGUUUUUGAUGUGACGUUAUGUGAGUGUAUAGAAGGUCACAUGCACUUUGACGCACAGACAUCUCUUCUGUGAAAAGUCCCCAAUGGCAAGGAGCAAGGAGAGAUGGCUGUAAUUGCAGACUAACCAAACUUAGGUUACCGAUAAUUCACCUACUGCAGGCAACCGCAUACCCCGGUGAAGUAAAUUUCUUGAUAUGUGUAUGCUACUCCUAUUACAUUAAUCUUCUUUUAAAAUUCCUGUCUACCUAGUUGUAGUAUUGAGUUUACAAUAAGAAUGUUUACUGUAUGAUAUAUUUAGGCAAUGGAUGGUGACAAGUGCAUUGGUGCUAUUGUAUGCAAACUUGACCUACACAAGAACAUGAUUCGCAGAGGAUACAUAGCUAUGUUAGCUGUUGAGAAGGAAUACAGGAGGCAUAAAAUAGGUAAGCCAUGGCUUUGGUUUUACUGCUAAUAACUACCUUAAGUGAGCUCUUGAAAGUUGUUUACUUUUAAUAUGAUUAUUGAACUUUCUUUAUUUCAGGUUCAAAUCUUGUAGUGAGAGCAAUCCAAGCAAUGAUUGAGGACAGCUGCGAUGAGGUGAGGAAGGAAUAGCAUGUGAAUUUUGUUUUGGUUUUAGUUAUUGUUAUCAUUAUCAUUAUCAUCAUCAUCAUCAUCAUCAUUAUCAUUAUCAUUUCUUAGAACCACUAGAGAAUGAAACAUCUCAGGUGCUUAUUCCUACAAUCACUGAAGUAGGUGUAGUCAGCUAGAUAGAACCAUUCCAGAGCUUCCAGUCCACCUGGUUGGCCUGGGUAUGAGGAACCCAUGCCUUGAGGCAAACCGCGAGUACACUUCUUCAGUGGAAGUAACAUUACCCCUUGUUCAACAAAUCAUAUCUCAGUCACAUCCAAAUAAAUAUGAUAUAUGAUAUUACAUCUAGUUCAAAUCCCCUGAAUUCUGCAUAGUACGAUGUUGUCGGCUUUAUUUGUACUCUAGGUUGUUCUUGAGACUGAAGUCAGCAAUACAGCAGCUCUCCGGCUGUAUGAAAACUUGGGCUUUGUCAGGGACAAGAGGCUGUUUAGGUACUACCUUAACGGUGUUGACGCAUUGAGGCUCAAGUUGUGGCUCAGAUGAAGGAAUCAUUUCAUUAAUUAUAAAUAAGGCAAAUAAAAAACUUACGGUUCUGUUCUCCACGGCUUCUCACCUAAACCCCAUCACAGAGUCUGGCUGGUAAUCAAAAUGCUACCACCAAUGUAUAUCAUUCAUUGUAAAGUGUUGUGUAUCGGACCACGCACAAUUCAUGCCCCUUUCCCUCACCAUCAAAGUUUUACGGAUUUGAAGGUCAUAUUCAACAGUUGUGCCGACGACUUUGAAGUGGUGCAAGGGAUGAAAAAUCCCUGACAGUCGUAAGAAUAAUUUGUCCUUCCUCUAAGGUGCAGUGAAGUAUGAAAAAUGGUUUUGAAAGAUUUUCAAACAUUUUGCAACUGGUUGUAGGAAACAGCAGACCACAUCUUGACACUGGUGUUUUUAGACGUUUUCAGCAUGGUUUGUUUGUUUUCUACUUGCGGACCAGGUGAUAUUGCUCUUUCAAUAAUAUUGUCUUAUUUACAUAAAAAUGUAUGAAAGGCAAAACACCCAUACCCUUUGAGAAUGGUAUAAGAUCUGAAAUGGGGGAACAAAGAAGCCAAGCUAAAGAGGUCUGUUACUUGAAAAUUCUAAUCAGUGAGGUGGAAGCGUCAUCACCUAAGAUACCUGUAUGUCCUGUUUACAGGUGCAUUUUUUGUUAAACAAUUGUCAUUUUCAUUCCAAUGCAAUAGGCCUUCUCCAAAAUCACUCUCAGCUUCGAAAUGUGUUCAACAAGUCCUGAUACCCGUCCACGUGUGAAAAUGCACUUAUAUUUAAUGUAAAUCAGCUUAAUUUUAGUAUGGCUGGUUGCAUGCUAGGCCUCUCUUUCAUAAAAGGUCUCACUCUUCAGGACUGCGAUGAUUGUUGUAGUUACAACCAGCAGCAAUUUUGGUGUAGUAUGACAAAGGAUGCACUAUGACAAACCUGAUUGAAAUUUAGUGGUAUUUUUGGGCGAAAUUGCAGGAAACAUUAGAGUAGAAUCACAUAAACACUACACUGAAAUCACUGUUGGUUUACACUGACAAGAGUUGCAUUGGAGAGUGCAACAAGCAUUAUGAAAAAAUCUCACUAGUUUAGAUUGGCCUGUAAAUGUAAUUUUCACAAUUGAGGUCAAGAAGACCAAGAGGUCAUGUUUUUGUUUUGUAAUUGAGGUUAGUAAGCACCCUACGUGAACAUCCUUCCCUUUAGGUCCAUAUGUGGUUUUUAGGUGUGGUAUUUUCUGGUUAAUUUAUCAUUUUUCUUCAAGCAACAUAGCACAGCCAUUGUUUUAGCUGCAACAUUUUUGAAUAGACAGAGAGUAGUAUCAGGUUUUAAAGUCAAAAUAAUAAUGUAAAAGUUGUGUCUAUCUCCCACUUCCCAUGGCUAUGGUUGCUCCCUGAAAAAAGUUGCCGUCAAGACUUUUUAUGUUCCAAACUUUGCUAGGAAUUUGUUAAGCUAUCAUGUAUUGGAUCAAUUACUGACCACCUACCCCU